AUGUUGCCAGCCGCCUUGCUGUCCAUCACUGACACAGCAGCGGGGACAGCGGAGACAUCGGAGAUGACGGGGACAGCGGAGACAUCGGAGAUGACGGGGACAGCGGAGGCAUCGGAGAUGACGGAGAUGACGGGGACAGCGGAGGCAUCGGAGAUGACGGGGACAGCGGAGAUGACGGGCACAGCAGAGACAUCGGACAAGAUGACGGGGACAGUGCUAGGCUCUCCUGUUGUAGCCAAGCAGCCUGACGUUUCGGAGCCUCGCCCGGGCCUGCCUUGUCCGGCGGCGGAGAUGGCUCCGGAGAGCCCAGGAAAUGCAUCCUUCCCCACGCUACAAGAGUGGGCUGAUAAGGGUGCCAACGAGGCAGAGAAUGCCGUGAGCAAGCGACUGAGAGAUCGCGUCAAGACGAUUGCAGGUAAAAACAUGUGGAAAGUAGCGAAGCGCAGGAACAGCGCGUUCGCACCAAAGGAAGAGAAACCAUUGAAAACUGAUCUUCUCUUCAUUGCUUUGAAUAAAUUCCUGGAGGAAACGGCGCUCUCCCUUGUAGGAAUGCUGGGAGAUAGAAAGCCAGACUACACCGACGAUCGAAUGGAAGAUGUACCCGAGGCAGGGAGCAUGGCGGCGGAAUCGGAAGAGAUGUCGCUUGACUCCCUUCCAGCAGCGCAAGCUUAA